UUCAUCACAACGUGUGUGAGUGAGUGUGAGUUUGGUGUUGGCUGUUGUGGCUCAUGCACUGUCGCCGUUGUGUAAAGCCAAAGCGGGUUUCUCCUAUUGCUUUCAGCAAGAUCACGGAUGCAUCUUAGCUGAUUCUCUGCCGAGCAUUUCCCAGCAGCAGCUCCAUCACACACCGCCGACAUUUUGGCUGUUUUAUCUAAAACCCAAACUAACCGUGCUGCACUUACACCCUCUAAAACCAACCUUCACCAGACUCGGAUCCUUCUGGCUGCUUUCCGGACGGAGCGCAGUAAUGGCAGAGCAUAUGUCCCAGAGUGAGCUGGAUUACCCGUUCAAACUUCUGGAGUAUUUUAACGGCUUCAGAGUGUCCAAGGUGAUAUUUUCAGCCUGUGAGCUUGGAGUAUUUGACCUGCUGCUCAGGUCCCAGGAGCCUUUGAGUGCCCAGCAUGUUGCUCAGGAGCUGGGCACCAGCUUGGAUGGGAUGGAGAGGCUGCUGGACGCGCUGGUGGGCAUUGAGAUCCUGGAGGUUGAGAAGACAGAUGGAACAGCUUUGUACAGCAGCACCGACGUGGCAAAUCUUUAUCUGGCCAAAGGCAGCGCCAAAUCUCUCCAUGACAUGAUCGUCUACCAAUCCCAAACCAUCUACCCACUGUGGAACAACUUGGUGGAUGCUGUCAGGGAGGGGAAGAAUCAGAAUGAAAAGACAUUCGGCCUUCCAGCAGAGGAGGUCUUCCAAGCCAUUUACAGAUCAGAAGAGGACAUGCUGAAAUUCAUGGGUCUGAUGAACUCGUCAUGGGUUCUGGAUGGACAUGACGUUGUGACAGCAUUCAAUCUCUCCGGCUUCCAGAACGUAGUAGAUCUUGGAGGUUGCACUGGUGCUUUGGCCCGCGAGAUGGCAAAGGCGUAUCCCUCAUCCACAGUCACAGUGUUUGAUCUCCAGCAGGUCGUGGAAGUGGCUCAGAAGCAUUUCUCUCAGGAGAAUGAUGCUAUUGUAUUUCAGUCCGGAGAUUUCUUCACUGGUGAAAUCCCCACUGCAGACUUGUACGUUCUGGCCAGAAUCAUUCAUGACUGGCCUGAAGAGAAGUGCCUGACGCUGCUGAAGAAGAUCUAUGACAUGUGUGCACCAGGCGGCGGCGUCCUGCUGGUAGAAGCGAUGCUGUUUGAGAACAGACGAGGGCCCAUCAUGACUCAGCUUUUCUCCCUCAACAUGCUGGUGCAGACGAAGGGCAGGGAGCGCCCACCGUCCGAGUACACACACAUGUUCAACAAGACCGGCUUCAAGAACAUUCAGGUCUGCCGCACGGGCAAAUCUUAUGAUGCCAUAUUGGCCAUCAGAUGAGCUCAGACAGAGAGCGGGAUGCUUAGAAAGCAUCUGUCAAAAGUCUGAGAAAGGUUAAAUGGAAACUUCAAGGCCUCGAUAAGGAACAGAUGUCAACAUCAAACUGUAAACUGUGGGGAGAAAAAAAAAAAGUUGUCCACAUGGAUCUCCAGUUUAUGUUAUCGUCAACACCAAUUAUUUGUUAUUUUUAAAAUUUUUCUUACAGUUCACCUUGUCUUUUGACCACACCUCUGGUUAGAGGUUGCUGCUGUGAUAGAUAAUAUCUUGCGUCUAUAAGUAAUGUUCUCACCUUACACCAAGCAAAAUAAGAUUCAAGAAUGGGUUCAGAUUAAAAAACAAAUUUAACAUUUGAUGAAGAUUUUCUCUCUUGAUACCACUCUUAUGGUUGUAUGCUAAAUAUGAAGCUACUACUACCACCAGAAGCUUGUUAACUUAACAUUAAGCUAAGCUAAGCUAACAAGUAACUGUUUAGCAUAGUUAGCAUAAAGACAAAAGUAGAUUAACCUGCAGAUAUGUUUAAUUUACCUUAACUAAAUAAAUACACUAAGCUAAUAAGAAACUGGUUAGCUCAGUGUUGAGGCUCUGACAUGAAUUCAUUGCUCAAGAGUUGUUCACCAUAUUGAAGAUGACACAACAAGUGUUUGCAUGGGAAAUGUGUGUUCCCCAAUGGGAUGGCUCUCGCUGGGUGAAAAUGGUUGCAAAAUAUGUGCAGGACCAAAAUCAUCCUAGUGAUUGCUUUGGUUGCUAGCACAUUGCUUGUAGUUUUUCGUGGUUGUCUGCAAAUACUCAUCUAGCUGAGAACUAGUACAUUUUUACAAUUUGUAAAAAUUUGCACAAUUUGUAAAAAUGUUACGCAAAGUGGAAAUGGAGAAGCCGUGCCUUACCACUGGAGGCAAGCAUGUUUCACAAGUUGCAACUUUUACUUUGAAGGUGACGAGUCUUUAUUUCUAGCUUGUGUUGGACUUUUUGCAGCUGGACUAAAGUUCGGAGAGUGGCUGGGAAGUGUUUGUAGUCAACUCUGUCACUUCCAGUCAAACUAGGACAGCAGCAACAUGCUAGCAACCAAAGCAAUGACAGAGAGUUUUUCACCAGUUGGUUGAACUCGUACCUAUGGCAUUUAGAAGCUCCUUGUUUAUGUCCCAGCGACUACUAUCAACUUCAAGAAACUGGUUGGGGUAUACUCACUUCCCUCAGAGUCAGUGGUUGCCAAAUGAUCACAGGCCAUUUGACUGGCUAGUGUGACUGGGGCUUUAUUUACUUGAUCCUACAUUAUCACUGUGAUCAUCACACAUCCAAAUUGGUGGACGAGUUAAUGUCAACACUGACGCUCGCUUCUCUUCUCUUCUAGGACUAUUUUUUAUGCCUAUUCAACCAGAAUAUUAGACCAGUAUAUCAUAGUGGGCACUGCAUAUGCACCCCAAAACCUUUUUAAACAUUUUUGCACAAAGUUAUUUUUAUAAUUUUGAAUUACAUCCAGACUUCAGAUAUAAUCUGAUCAUAAACAGUUUUUACCCAGAUAAAGAAAAAAGUCAUUUUCACACUGUUGGGAAAACUGAGCCUAUAAUAUUUGUUCAUGCAAAAAUCAGACUGUAAACCUGCUGCCAUCAUUGCUUUCAUUGUUCUACACAAUAUUUUCUCAGUUGUGUCUAUCUUGCAAUGUGUCUGUCAUUUCUCAGUCUCUGUAGAAAAGUCAGUUUUGUCUGUCUUGUAGAUCUUACCAAGUCUGUGCUAGAUGUGUGUGUCUUCAUGUAUUUAAUGAUUCUGUCUCACUCACAGGAAGACACAUCAGACUAAUAAAGUUCAAAUAGGAAAAAUACUGACCUUUAAACUUAAAAAAAGUGAUGUGAUGUGUGUGAACGUGCGCGUGUUCCCAGCUUUCCUGUUCACUGUGACGAGUGGAAGAUGAGACGCAACUGUAUUUAACCCUUUAUGAUCACCUCUGUUUACCUUCAUCAUUCCUCUGCUGCUAUUAUGAAGUUCUCACUGUGUUGGCUGGUUGAAGAAAAAAGAAUCACUUGGGUGCUUUUUAAAAAACCCUCUUUGUUGAUGUCUGGUGCAUUUUGUCGUUUUAUGUUUUCUUUUUUUAUGAUGUUAGUUAGCGAGGCUUCAGGAACUGAAGCUCUUGUUCACACCAGAAGCCGACUCGCAUCAAAUCGGCUCCUCAUAGCUGCUGAUAAGUUCACACGUGAAUUAAAACAUGUGUUAAUGGAGCUGUGAGAUUAUGUUUUAUUAGCAUGUGUGUCACUGAUGACAUGUAAAUGUAGAAUAACAACAUGUGCAAUAGAAAUGGAGCAUUUGAGUCACCGGACCCUCCUCCUCCUGCUCAUUCCUGUAAGCAUGCAUCCUUCAGACACACAUCUUGGAUAUUCUGUACAAAAAGUUCAUUUGAACAAAAAAUAUUAUGUUUAUAAUUUUUUGUAUUAAAAGUAUUGCAUGUAAACACAGCCACAGGGUGUUGGGAGUUUGUCCUUGUAGCUGAUACUGUGACAGUUCUUUAGUCUUAAAUAUUUAUUAGUUAAUGUUUUUACAGCCUCCCUGAAUUUUUGC